AUGGCUAAAGAAUCCAUAGCGAAAUAUACCCAUUACUACGAAAGAUGGGCAGACAACCAUUCGUCAAGAGUCAAAGCAGUUGAAGACUUGAAGAAAGUGCAAUCAGUGCAUAAUCAAAUACUUAGCAAACAAGGUAAAACUCAGUUAGAGCUGCAGUGCAUUACAGAUGCCUGGAAACAGAUCAUCGAAUGUAGACGUGUUUUAAAGUGGACCUACGCAUAUGGAUAUUACUUGCCCGAAUAUGAGAAGACCAAGAAACGGUUGUUUGAGUUCCUGCAAGGUCAGGCUGAGAAUGAAUUAGAAAGACUUCAUGGAUGUGGAGAAAAGGAAUUACAACCAUACCUCGACCCAAUAAAUCCAUUAGAGGAUUUCAAUGAUUUCCGUAAAAAGAUAGACAGACUCACUAAAGACACCAAGAAUCACUUUGAAAACCUGGUUCGUGGCUUGGAAAACGGUUUGUCAGAGGUAGAUUGCGAAAGGGAAAGAGCGAUAGAAGAGUAUAAGAGGGAGGGCCGGAAGUACGGGUUCUAUAAUUCAGAUGAUGAGGAUGAGGAGUUUGAGGUCGAUUAA